ACGAACUGGAGGUCACUUCAGAAAAAAACAAAGGAGAGUCAUUACAAGCACGAACGUGUCCAGUGGCAUACGCUAAGGCCAUAUUUUCUGUUGCUGUGCGCUAAGCAUUAGAGUUAAAAAAAAAAGGAAAAAUCUUGUUCAAUCUUGUGAACUAACAUUUAAAACCUAUUAAGCAUCGAGUUCGAGAAACUAGUAAACAAUAAAUUACAAAGUGGAACUAAUUAUCCUCGAAAAAUGUGGCAAAACAAACGGAGAAAGAUUCAGGAUUUCGACUCAUCCAGCGAUUCAUCGGAAGAUGAUUUUUUCGACGAUUCUUCAUCCAGCUACCCAUCUGGUUCGGAUGACGAACCCGGGAUUCUUGAAUGGGGCUUUUGUGACGCACCCGGACCUGAUGAACUUAAUGAUAAUGAAUUCACAAGAAGUUAUCGUCUCAAAAAAUCUACAUUCAACUUCAUAUUGGAACUCAUACAAACUGAUAUAGAAGAGUGGACUGAUAGUGAUAUCAUCAAAACACCUGAGAACGAUCCGAAGAUGAUAUUGAUGUUUGCAAUUGGAAAGCUAAUAACUAAGGACCCAGACAAUGGCUUCUUUGGUAAACGAGAGGACGGAAUUGGAAAAGCAACUGGGUGGAGGAUGAUUCGGUGUGUUGUAAAUGCUCUUUACUCGCACCGUCACGCAUUCAUCAAAUGGCCGGAUGCAGCGAGGGCUGAAGAAAUUUCGGAGAAAUUAAAAGAAAAAUACAAGUCAAAGAAACCUAUUGGCUUAAUAAGCCGUUCAGAAGUCAAGACAUUUUACCAGAUCUCACGCAUGAAACCGAAACCAUUCGGUAAAGUGAUAAAUCGUACCAUGCCAUUUCAAAUUAUAAGCGACCACGAGGGUCAAAUAAUGCACGUAGCAACAGGCGAAGCCGUUGCGUCGGACAAAGUGAAAGUUUUGCGAUCAUCGCGUUUUGAAAACGUGCCAAUCAAAAGAAACUUUGUAAAAGAUGAUCAUUUAAUUGGCGUAUUGAAAGACAGAAUCAAAAGUCUGAAGGGUGAAUUGCCAAAGAGACGAGUUGAUGUGGAAAAAUUGAUUUGUGCCUGUUGUGUUUUACACAAUAUUUAUGGAAUGCUCAAUGACCAAAUGCCUGCUGAGAAGAAGUGAUGAAGGUUCAUUCCGACGAUUGAUGCAUCAAAGUACAAACGAAAAAACGAUUUUAAAUCGAAUAGCUUUUGACAUAAGAUCUAUUUAGUUUUUACUUAAAACUUAACUGUACUCAGUACUUAACAGCUUUGUAACAUUUUUUUUCUUCAAGAUUUGUUCUAUACGUAUGUUUUGUUGUUGUAUACGUAUACUUGUACCACCUAGUCUGUAAUACGGGGAACGAAUAAAUAAUAAACAUUCUCGGUGGAGAAUGGAAACAAAAAA